UAUUAUUCCUCACAAGAGUAGCAUUCUCACUUGACCGGAUUGAUAGAAAUUUUAGUUAAGAAGUUUAAUAAAAUGGCUAAGAAAUCAAAAUUCGAGAAACUCUAAAAACUAAAAUCUCAUAAUUCACUACACUACAAUGGAGAUUCCAUGGCUGCUUUUAGGCCUAAUAUCUGCAGCUGCUGCAGCCUUCAUCUCAAAAAUAAUCAAAUCACGAGGAUGGCGGCCGGAGCAAAAACUCCUUCCACCAGGUCCAAAACCAUGGCCUAUAAUAGGCAACUUAAACCUUCUUGGGUCGACUCCACAUCGAUCCCUUCACCAUUUGUCCCAAAAAUACGGCGAAAUCAUGCUGCUGAAGUUGGGAAAAUUCCCAGUCGUGGUUGCAUCGUCGCCUGAGAUGGCCAGACAGUUCUUGAAGGUGCACGAUGCGGCCUUCGCCUCGAGGCCUACGUUUGCUGCCUACAAACACGUCAGCUUCGAAUACUCGGACGUAGCUUUUUCUCCCUACGGCCCCUACUGGCGAGAGGUGCGUAAGAUAGCCGUGACAAAGGUGCUGAGUGCUCGAAAGAUAGGUUCCUUCGAGCACACUCGCGUUGAGGAGCGGCGUCUCUUGCUCUCGCGUCUCAAAUCACUGUCGGGGAAGCCGGUUGAGCUGAGGGAGCAUUUGUUGCGUUUCACUCUAUCAAUAAUAUGUAAGAUGCUUUUCAAGGAGGACUCCAUUGUAGACAUGGAUGAAGUGAGCGUGAUGGUGCGUGAGUGGUUUCUGCUUAAUGGAGCCUUCAAUAUCGGAGAUUGGAUACCGUGGCUCGAUUCCCUUGAUUUGCAGGGUUACAUCAAGAAAAUGAAGGCUUUGCGCAAGAAAAUGGAUAGAUUUUGCGACUCUGUGAUUGAUGAUCACUUGGCGAAAAGGGUUGCGGCAGGAGACGACGCUGCCAAGAAAGAUUUUGUGGAUGCUUUGCUGCAGAUAGCUGCUGAGGAAGAUGGAGUUGAGUUCACCAUGGAUUGUGUCAAGGCGUUGAUAAUGAACAUGUUGGUUGCCGCUACAGAUACCUCAGCUUCUGUAGUGGAAUGGGCUAUACACGAAAUCCUCAAACAACCGCACAUUAUUGAAAAGGCUAAAGCAGAGAUGAACAAUGUGAUUGGAAGAAAUAGAUGGGUAGAGGAGAGUGACUCGACUCACUUGCCAUACAUAAAUGCCAUAAUCAUGGAAACAAUGCGUCUACAUCCAAUUGCUACAUUAUUAGCCCCUCAUUGCGCCAUUGAGGAUUGCAACGUUGCAGGCUAUAACAUAUCCAAGGGGACAGUGGUUUUCGUCAAUGCGUGGAGCAUAGGGAGAGACCCAGGCUUAUGGGAUGCGCCUGCAGAGUUCUUGCCAGAAAGGUUUGUAGGAAAAGAUAUCGAAAUGAUAACAGGAAUUGAUUUUGCUAUUUUACCAUUCGGCUCAGGCAGAAGAAAAUGCCCGGGAAUCAAUCUCGCACUUAAGACUGUUCCAACAAUGUUGGCUAAUUUGUUGCAUGGAUUUGAGCUGAAAUUGGAGAAGGGCAUGAGACAUCAAGAUAUAAGCAUGGAGGAACAAUAUGGACUCACCACCAUUCCUCAACACCCUAUUUCCAUCAUCAUGGAACCUACAUUACCAACCUAUCUUUAUUGAAUACUUAUCAAUGUUUUUGCAGGGCCGACCCUUCAAGUAAGCCCAAGGGCCAACGGCCUAGGGCGCUAAAAUAAAAACAUGUAAAAAUUAUUUCUCUUUCUCUCUUACAUAUGGAAUUGUCUCUCAAUUCUCACUCUCA